AUGGCACAGGGAGCCGAGGCACGAGAGCGGUGGCCGGACAGCCUGGUGACGCUGGCGAUCGAGACGUCCUGCGACGACACCUGUGUGGCCGUCUUGGAGAAGGAGCGAGAGCAGAAGACGGGCGAGGAAAAAACGAGAAGAAGGCGAGCCCGACUGCUGUUUGAGGAGCGGAUCACGGCGGACAACCGGGCAUUUGGGGGAAUCCACCCGCUGACAGCGACGGAAUCACACAUGGCCGCAUUGGGGCCAUUGAUACAGCAGGCGAAAGCACAUCUGCCGGCGAACCGAUCAGGCCAGCAACGUCCAGACUUUGUGUCGGUGACGCGAGGUCCCGGAAUGGCGUCCUCGCUGGCGACGGGGCUAUCUGUAGCCAAGGGUCUGGCCGUGGCCUGGGACGUGCCGCUGAUGGGCGUGCAUCACAUGCAGGCGCACGCCUUGACGCCACGGCUGGUGUCGGCGAUCGACGACAAGGAAGCGCCCUUUGCGUCCUUUCCGUACCUCUCGCUCCUCGUCUCGGGCGGCCACACGCUGUUGCUGCACUCGCGCGGCCUCGCCGACCACCGCAUCCUCGCGGCCGCAGCCAACAUCGCCAUCGGCGACCUGCUCGACAAGAGCGCCCGGGCCAUCUUGCCGCGUGGCUACAUUGCCGCGGCCGAGACGGCAGCCGGACGCAGCCUGCCGUACGGAGAGCUGCUGGAGGGAUUUGCGGGCCAGAGCGAAAGCAAAAGCGAAAGCGAAACCGCCCAGACCAGAUACAGCUAUCCGGCGACUCGCCGUGACGAGAUGGCCCCCUUUGAGUCGGGUCGCGGAUGGCGGCUGGAGGCACCGCUGGCUAAUGGCAUCCUCCGACGGGCGCUACGCUUCGACUUCUCCGGCCUGAACGGCGCCGUCAUCCGGCUGGCAAAGGGCGAUGGCCGCGGCGGAGAAGACGAACCGCCCAAAGAGCCGUCUGGGGCCGGCAUUCCCGAUGAAGACCGCCCAGUGCUGGCCCGCGGAACCAUGCAGCUGGCGUUUGAGCACCUGGCCAGCCGGCUGGUGCUGGCGCUAGAGAGCGGUGCUGUCGAGGGAGUGGCUGCAACUGCGAACAGGCGCAGAGCCAAAGUGGAAGCUGAAGCUGAGGCUGCAGCCAAGACAGACCAAGGAGACCCUCCGAGCCCCCCUUCCUGUCUCGUCGUCGCUGGCGGUGUCGCCAGCAACCGCUUCCUGCGCCAGAUCCUCCGCUCUGCACUGGACGUGCGUGGCUUCGGCUACCUGCCGCUCGUGGCACCACCGCCGGCUCUCUGCACCGACAACGCGGCCAUGAUCGCCUGGGCCGGCAUGGAGCUGUUCGAGGCCGGCUGGCGCACCGAUCUGCGCGUGCUGCCACGACGACGCUGGGCCAUGGACUCCACUGCUGACGAUGGGGGCAUCCUCGGCAUGGAUGGCUGGCUGCGAGAGGACUGA